UGUGAGCCUGGGCCAGGACUUCCUGUGUUUGGACUGGCUAAUGGUUAACAGGGAAUGUCCCCGCAGCUAGGGGCGCGCACACCAUUCUGCACCCUCCGCAUUGGUAGCCUGGGCCACUGACAGACAGGACAGGGUCACUUCCUUCCUGUUACCGGCUCAGGAGUGUCCACUCACAAGUGUUCCUGUGUUUGCAAGGAGUGCAGUCAACAACCAGGAAGCCCCGUGGGAAUGGAAUACAGAGAUUUACCUGCUUGAGGUAAGGAAGAUCAUGCUGAGAUGGAGGGAAGCUGGGGAGGUGUCCUGGCUGUGCUGGUCAUCCUGGCUGGGCUGACAGCGCCUGGAUCCAGUUAUGAGAUCAUAGAAGGUCCGCAGAAUGUAACAGUCCUAAACGGCUCCGAGGCUCGUUUCAACUGCACCGUGACCCACGGCUGGAAGCUUAUCAUGUGGUCCCUCAAAGGUGUGGUGGAGCUGAGUAUCACUUCCCAGCAACCCAUCAUCACCAAUGACCGCUUCACCUCGGUCAGCUACAACAGGAGUGACCGCUUCAUUUCCGAGAUGAUCAUCCACGACGUGCAGCCCGGCGACUCGGGACUUGUGCAGUGCAGCCUGCAGAACAGCAAUGUGUUGGGAUCUGCCUUCCUCACCGUGCAAGUUAUGGGGACCCUGGACAUUCCUAGCAACAGCCUUGUGGUCACCCAGGGUGAACCCUGCAAUGUGACUUGCUAUGCCCUGGGCUGGACGCCACUCCCAGACAUUUCCUGGGAGCUUGAGGUCCCGGUAAGCAAUUCCAGCUACUAUUCUGUUCCGGAACCGGGUGACCUUAUGAGUGCCUUGAGUAUCCUGGCUCUCACACCGCUGGGCAACGGGACAUUGACUUGUGUGGCAGAGCUGAAGAACCUGCAGGUCAGCAAGUCCUUAACUGUCAACUUGACUGUGGUUCAGCCGCUGCCUGAUAGUACUGGCUCAUCCCUGCCGACCUGGGCCAUCGCUCUGCUGGCAGUGGCCUUUUCCUUGCUCUUGAUCCUGAUCACUGCUCUGAUUAUAGUAUGCUGCUGCUGUGGUGUCUGCAGGAGAGAAAAAGAAGAAUCUAGUUAUCAAAAUGAGAUAAGGAAAACUGCAAACACGAAGCCAAACAAAACAGAUCCCGAGACAAGGUUCAAGAGUGGAAAGGAAAACCUUGGGUACAGUUCGGAUGAAGCAAGGGCUGCACAGAUUGCUUCUCUCCCUCCUAAAUCUGGUGAAGUCAGCCUUCAGGGACAACGCAGCCAUAUCGCUCCUUAUCAGGCACACAAAACACGCCAGCCCAGUGCAGCAAAUCAUCCACGGGUUUCCUUUGACACCGCGAGUCCUCAGAAGGUCAGAAAUGCAACUUUAGUGUAGUGAAGACUUCUCACGCCUGCGCUGUGUACACAUCCAUCAAGGCGGUGCCAUCUUCCUCUCCAUCCUGAGACGAGGCCCCAGCUUUGCCAAAGAGGCCGCCUCGGAGCCACCGGAGCUGAUGUUUCAUGGUGACGGGAAGAAUCAGUUUUUUCCUCCACACCAGGGAGAAUUUGAUUUUGAAAUGUCUCAUGGUUUUGGUGAAUCCCUUACUUAAAGUGACUGAGUAAAACCUGAGGGUCUAUCAUGGAGAUAUCUAACCCUUAUGGAUUGACACUCCUGCUUGCUGAUCCAACACAGGGCAGAUAGGACCGAUUCUGCCAUGACACUCAAAAUGUUUGUGUUUGUUGUCCUAGGUCAUGGGUAAGAUGCUAUUGAUGUGUGUUUUAUAGAUAGGGACACUGAACCAAGAGCUUAAUGAUUAGAAGCAACUGGAUCUCUUUUAAGUGGGCUGGCGGUUCGGAACUCAGCCAGUUAAAUAAGAGGAACUCAGCCAGUUAAAUAAGAGGAAGUGGAAUGCCAAGGUGGAUGUCCAGAUGACAGUUGCGGGGCUCCCUUAUCCUUUUCUUCAUGUUUUUGGGUGAAUUAGGUGUGACUUCUGUCUGACAGGGGCAAAGCUCACAUUCUGCCA